AUGGCAAUCGAGAAAGAGAAAGUGACGUAUGAGGACAAGAAUCGGACGCUCAAGGUCUUUGAUGACUGGGCGACUGGAAGCGGAAAGCGGGUGAAGAGGCUGUUCUGCGGGGACUGCGGAUCGCCCAUUAUGAGCCAGCCCGACAUCUUCCCUCACAUGUACAUGCUGAAGAUGGGAAUGUUUCCAAGAAUCCCAAAGCCCGAGUGCGAAAGUUUCGCAGCGCAUCGACACGAGUGGCAAGGUAAGCAUGACGGACUUGAGCAAUACGCGCUCAUCAGAGGUCAGAAGAAGCUAGGAGAAGAGUAG